CACGCUCCAACAUGGCCUUCGAUAGACAAUCCGCCAUUUCUGUGCCGCUAUUCGGCAGCCAGAUUGACGAUGACGGCCCCGAUGGCAUGCAGCCGUCGCGCAUAGAGCAAGCGCUCGUCGACUUCAUUAUGGAGUUCCACAUCAACAAUGUCUUUGUAUACAGAGACCAGAUACGGGAGAAUGUCUUGGUGAAGCAAUUCUACUGCGACAUCGACGUUGCGCAUUUGAUCUCCUACAACGAGGAACUAGCACACCGACUGCAGAAUGAACCCGCCGAUAUAAUACCCUUGUUCGAAUCUGCGCUGAGAAUCUGCACACAACGAAUCGUUUUCCCCUCCGAUCGGAAAAUGCUUAGGGAGCUACCCCAGCACCAACUCCUUCUACAUUCAGGAGCUUCUGAGCUCUCCAUACGAGAUCUUGCCGCUACUAGUGUUUCACAUCUUGUGCGAAUACCCGGCAUCAUUAUCAGCGCCACCGUCCUGGCCUCAAAAGCCACCGCUCUCCAUAUUCAAUGUCGGAACUGCAAGGACGAGCUGGACUACCCGAUCUCUGGAGGUGUCGCAGGUGUGACCCUUCCUCGAACAUGUAGAGCUGGACAAAAGAAGCCCGAUGGGCUGGGAAAGGCAGAGGACAACGCACCCUGUCCUAUGGACCCAUAUGUCGUUGUGCACGAGAAGAGCCAGUUUAUCGACCAGCAAAUUCUGAAGCUUCAAGAGGCGCCCGACCACGUCCCGGUGGGAGAGCUACCACGAUCUAUCGUAGUCUCCGCAGACCGAUAUCUUGCGAAUCGCGUCGUCCCGGGGUCUCGGUGCACGGUCAUGGGUGUGUACUCGAUCUAUUCACAGAAGGCGUCCAAGCAGGCGCAGAAAUCAGCUGUGGCCAUUCGAAACCCAUAUCUGCGAGCUGUAGGCAUUACAGCUGAUGUUGAUCACUCCAUGAAAGGCAAUGCAACAUUCUCAGAAGCGGAAGAGCAGGAAUUCUUGGAAUUAAGUCGGAGGCCGGAUCUUUACGAGGUCUUCGCGAGCUGCAUUGCCCCUUCGAUCUACGGAAACAAGGACAUUAAGAAAGCUAUUGCCUGUCUGCUGAUGGGUGGCUCUAAGAAGAUUCUCCCCGAUGGAAUGAAACUUCGUGGCGACAUCAACGUGUUACUACUCGGUGAUCCUGGCACGGCCAAAUCGCAGUUACUCAAAUUCGUUGAGAAAGCUGCUCCUAUUGCGAUCUACACUUCCGGAAAAGGUUCGUCCGCAGCGGGUCUGACAGCUUCAGUGCAGCGCGAGCACACUACACGAGAAUUUUACCUUGAAGGUGGAGCUAUGGUACUCGCAGACGGUGGUGUUGUUUGUAUUGAUGAGUUUGAUAAGAUGCGGGAUGAGGACCGAGUUGCUAUUCAUGAGGCCAUGGAACAACAGACCAUCUCCAUUGCUAAAGCCGGCAUCACAACAAUCCUAAACGCCCGCACAUCUGUACUCGCUGCCGCCAAUCCGAUCUUUGGACGCUACGAUGAUCUCAAGACACCCGGGGAGAACAUCGAUUUCCAGACAACCAUUCUCUCUCGUUUUGACAUGAUCUUCAUCGUUCGUGAUGAGCACGAGCGUGGUCGUGAUGAGAAGAUGGCGAAGCAUGUUAUGAACAUCCACAUGGGUGGACGGGGCGCAGAAGAUCAGGUACAGGCUGAAAUCCCCGUUGACAAGAUGAAGCGGUACAUCAGCUACUGCAAACAAAAAUGCGCGCCCCGUCUCUCCCCCGAGGCCGCAGAAAAGCUCUCUUCUCAUUUCGUGUCCAUCCGUCGCCAGGUCCAUGCUGCUGAAUUGUCGGCGAAUGCCCGCUCUAGUAUUCCCAUCACUGUUCGUCAGCUUGAAGCUAUUAUCCGUAUCACCGAGUCCCUUGCGAAACUCUCGCUCUCUCCCAUUGCAAACGAGGCUCAUGUGGAUGAAGCUAUUCGACUGUUCUUGGCCUCGACCAUGGACGCCGUCAGCCAAGGUGAAGGCCAGGGGAGCAAGGAACUGAACGACGAGAUGAUGAAGGUCGAAGAGGAACUAAGAAGGCGAUUGCCUAUUGGUUGGAACACCAGCUUAGCGACUCUUAAGCGCGAGUUCGUAGAUGGGAAGGGGUAUAGCGAGCAGGCUCUCAACCGGGCAUUGAUCGUUAUGCAGAGGCGAGAGACUAUUCAGUUCAGGCGUGGGGGCGCACAGGUGCAUCGGAGUGGAGCAUAGGUUGGUUUCUCCGGAAUCGGUGGCGCUUUUGGGCUUUCAGGGGUGUUGCUGGAUAUGGUGCGAUUGGGAUUGUAUACCAUGGAUGAUGAUGCUGGGAUGUUUAUGUGGGUAGACAUACGCUGCUGUCGCACGUCAUGACGUUUGAUGGCCGGCUUACGAAAAUAACCCUAGGUAUCAAGAGAGCUUUUGAUCGCUGGCAGGCUAUCUUGAUCAUUGGGCGUGAGAAUCUAUCCUUGCGCUACGCUGAAACCCACCUACAGGCUAUUCGUUACACGAUCUCGAGGGGAGAACGCGGCGCUGGAAGCCAGCAAAAGAAAUCUUCUUAGCUCUUUCAAGUCUGCUUUACGCGGUAUCUACGAUACGAUCUUACCAGCACUUGCGAGGGGGAUCUGAUAGCUUGGGGGCCUGCUUAGAAGUCAGCCUUGAG